GGUUUGAUUUGCAUCAGUCCCAAGCCAAAAUUUUGGUUUUGUUUCGUUGAUACAAUUAAUCCAAUGUCCGUUCUUGCUCUGUUCCUCGGCAGAUCGAAAUGGUGAGACAGCCCUUAUCCAAGAGAGCUAACAAAUACCUCAGAAAAUUCAGGAAAUGGCCACACUCUCCUUACAAGACCCCAUGGCACCACAACUUUGGUCAACAACAAGCCAUGCAAAAGCUCAAACAAGCAACCCUUGAAAUGGGGUUUUCCCAGGAACCCCAAACAGCUAACCUUCCCCAUCCUUUUCUUCUCUCCACUCUCAUUGACUCAUUCAAAGCUUACAGCUGUGACCCAACUCCAAAAGCUUACUACUUUGUCAUAAAAACCUUAACCAACACCUCCCAGUUGCAGGACAUUCCUGCUCUCCUUGACCACCUUGAACACUUGGAGAAGUUUGAAACUCCAGAGUCUGUCCUUGUGUACCUUAUUAGGUUCUAUGGUCUUUCUGACAAGGUCCAAGAUGCUGUGGAUUUGUUUUUCAGGAUCCCCAGGUUCAGGUGCACACCAACUGUUUGCUCAUUGAAUUUGGUUCUCUCACUGCUUUGUAGGAAGAGAGAGUAUCUCAAAAUGGUUCCCGACAUCUUGCUGAAAAGCCAGCAUAUGAACAUUCGCAUUGAGGAAUCGACAUUUCGGGUUUUGAUCAAGGCCUUGUGUAGAAUUAAGAGGGUGGGUUAUGCCAUUAAGAUGCUGAAUUGUAUGAUAGAAGAUGGGUAUGGUUUGGAUGAGACAAUAUGUUCUUCGAUAAUAUCAUCAUUGUGUGAACAAGACGAUCUGACCAGUGGUGAGGCUAUGAUUAUUUGGAGGGAUAUGAGGAAAGUGGGAUUUUGUCCUGGUGUCAGGGAUUAUACAAACAUGAUUAGGUUCUUGGUGAAGGAAGGGAAGGGUAUGGAUGCUUUGGAUGUUCUGAACCAGCAGAAACAAGAUGGAAUUAAACCUGAUGUUGUUCAUUAUACUAUGGUCUUGAGUGGGCUUGUAGCAGAGGGGGAGUAUGUAAAGUUAGAUCAAUUAUUUGAUGAAAUACUUGUGUUUGGAGUCGUUCCUGAUGUUUAUACUUAUAACGUGUAUAUAAAUGGUUUGUGUAAGCAGAAUAACAUAGAUGAGGCCUUUAAGAUUGUUGCUUCUAUGGAAGAGUUAGAAUGCAAACCAAAUGUGGUUACUUGCAAUACUUUAUUGGGUGCUUUGUGUUUAGCAGGGGAUUUACGUAAGGCAAGGGAGGUAAUGAAGGAAAUGGGGUGGAAGGGUGUUGGGCUCAACUUGCAUUCAUACAGAAUCAUGCUUGAUGGUUUGGUUGGGAAAGGUGAGAUUGGUGAAGCGUGCUUUUUGUUGGAGGAAAUGUUGGAGAAGUGUUUGUUUCCUAGAUCUUCAUCCUUUGAUAAUAUCAUCUUUCAGAUGUGCCAAAAAGGCUUGAUUGCUGAAGCAAUAGAAUUGACCAAGAAAAUUGUUGCGAAAAGCUUUGUUCCUGGGGCCAGGACUUGGGAAGCACUGCUUCUUAAAUCAGGAUUCAAACAAGGGUUUUCAGAAACCACAGUUUUUGGUUUGUUGGGCCAAAAUUAAUUUUGGUUGUCAAACUGGCUCAGGUAACAGAACGUUUAUUGAAAAGACUCGCAUCUUGAAAGACGAGCUAAACCAUAUAAGCAGUUAACAAACUGUAUACAUGAUGAAGUCAUCAAUCGGCAUAUGGAGACCAAACCUUUAACGAUCCUUCAAGUUGAUGAAGAUUCCUUGAUGAAGAUUCCUUGAUGAAGAUGAUGAAGGCGAGAAGCAUGAAGAACAGGAGAUUGAGUGGCUUGAUGAAUGGGUUAUUGGAAUGAUUUAAAAGAGGAGUUAAAGUACAAGGAGUUGGAAUGCAGAAAAAGAGAAAAAGACGCAGUGCAAAAAAGUCAAGCUGAAGCUGAGCGCCAGAAAGUGGCUCUGAGCGCCAGCUAGUCAAGGCUGAGCGCCAAAAAGGGGGGCUGAGCGCCAGUUUCAUGUAUUGCACAAAGCUUGAGUGCCCUUCAUACUCGUCUCUCUAUUUGCAUUUUGCUACAUCAUACUCACAGAUGGUGCUCAACUUAUUGUAGUGAACAACUGUGGGGAGAGUGUGUGGCCAGGGAUACUUGGUGGUGCAGGGCAGCAAAGUCCAAAAGAUGGUGGGAUGCAUCUUGGGAGUGGUGAAGAAGUUGUGCUUGAUGUACCAGAAAAGUGGUCAGGGAGAAUUUGGGGUAGGCUUGAUGUACCAGAAAAGUUGUGCUUGAUGUACCAGACAUGGUCCUAACUAAGUGGCUUGCUUUGCACGAUGCUGCAGCAGAAUUGGAAUUGGAGGUUCAAAUUUGGCCAUUAGAUAAGAUGAAUAAACGACAGGAUUCCUAUUUUACUUUUUUUCCAUUUCUUUUCUUUUUGGUACAGGUCCUCACCCACUUAAGGCA